GAAGUCUCCACGGGACCUUGAUUACUGACAUGUUUUCAUCUGAUAAUUAAAUACCUGAGUUUAAUUAAAGCCAAAGCGAGUGUUUCACUGAACAUAUUCAAGGGAUGACCGUCUGUCUAAGUCACUUCUUCAUUAUGUACUGAUUCCCAGAAAACCAUGGAGUUGUUUGUAAGACGAAAACUACCAUCGCGUGUUCGGUCAUUGCUAACGGACAUCGGACCGAGGGAGGAAGAGCAUCUGGAGGACAUAGUUGACACAGUGCCAGCGGCUGUUGACGAAGAUGGGAUUAUACUUCCAAGAAGAGGCGCAUUGGACACAAGGGACCUUUUGACCCCAGCUGUGGGGAAUGACACUACAGAUGCCCCUAAUGGAGAAGCACAGAUGCAAGUGUGUGGCCUGUGUUUGUCCAAACCAUACUGUUACACCUGCCCACGGUGCAACAUAAUGUACUGCAGCUUGUCUUGUUAUCGAAGCCCAGGUCACUCAGGAUGUUCAGAGGAAUUCUAUAAAGAGUCUGUGUUCAAGGAGUUGAGAAAUACAGGGUUGACAGAGAAAGAGAGCAGGGAGAAGAUGCAGGAGAUUCUGCUCAGAUUAAGAACGAAUGAGGGAGCGAUGGACCAUAUUUCAGAACAACUAGGAGAGGAGGCAGAACCUGGAGGCACUGAGGCCCUGGAGCUUCUCUCUAGGCUGGCAGAGAUGCAAGCCAACGGGGAGGAGAACAAAGAGGAGAUUCAGAAGACACUCUUAAAACUCAGAGACAUUGAUGAAGAUGAGGACAGGUCAAGAGAGGAUGGCCUCAUAGAGGAAGGAGACCAAGAAGACUUGGCAGAUAAGUUAGCUGGCCUUGAUAUUGACACUCUGUCAGAAGAAGAACUGUGGACUUUGUUGAGUCACCAGGAUAGAGAGAAGUUUGAGGGACUAGUGAAAGGGGGUGCCAUUGGAGGACUGAUACCUAUCUGGAAGCCUUGGUGGGAGGUCCAUGACAAAUCUAAAGAGGUAGUCCUGGAGGUAAUGAGUGAGGACUCAACUCAUGAGCUGGAUGGGAAGAGAGUCGUACCAGAAGUGAAUGGGGUGAGCAAGGUCAUAGAUGAAGAAGGAAGAGAAGCACAGGUGGAAAGGACUGAAUGUGUGACAGGUCGAGAGAAGACUGGAAAGACUGAAGAUGCUGUAAAAAUGAAAAAUGUGAGUAAAAGUAAAAAAACAAGCAAACUAAAUAAGGGAUGUCAAGAAGUUGUCAAGAAAGGAGACAGAAAUAAACCCACUAAUAAUGUACCGCCUGUGAAUGUCAGUAAGAUUCCUCCUCUUCACUCCCUUACCACAAACCCCUCUCCUUUAUUGUGCAACACCCUUGUCAAUGUGUUGUAUGGCUACACAUUCUCUUUGUGCCUUUUCAAUGGCGAUAUCUCUGAAGAGGACAUGAUGCAGGAGUUCUGCCAGGCAGUGUUGGCCAUCUCUGAGGGCCUAUCCACAGGCGGGAUGUUCAGCUCCCUCCAGGAGUCUCUGGAGGCCGGAGUGACAGCAGUGUCAGCUGAAGGCUACUUUGACCGUGAGGACCCGCAGGCCCCAGCCAGAGCUGUGGAAGCUGUGGCCAAUGUCCUGACCCGACAAAGCAGUCGGGACUCUGUUGGAUACUCUUUGGCUGCUCUGUCACAGCUCCGUGGAGCCCUGACCAAAGCGCGAGGGCUCUUACCUAAAGAAGGAGACGGUGCAGAACCUAGAAGGAAGUAUUUUCAAGCGAUUAAGAAGUGCGAGUUCCUGCAGUCUUGGGCAAAGGAGAACACUCAGGAAGUGAAGACACUGGCUGCUGGUGUUUGGAGGGAGCAUUCGAGGAGAGAGAAUGAGAGAAGGGUUUUGGAAGAGGAAAAGAAAGGUGUGGUAAAGAGCUGGAAUAAAGGAAGAGGGAGAGGAGCACUGAUAGAGGAGAUUAAUGAGAAACUUUAGACUUUAUAACUAUGGACUUCCACUUGUAUGAACUGAAAUACUACUUCUUUAUAGUCAAAUGCAUUCUUUCGAUUUUGGCUCAAAUAAAGCUGUUCUUUAAUUUCCAGUAAAGUUGUGAACAUUUCAUAUGAAAUACAAAAAUGAAACAUAAAAUGACCCAUUUUUUGCAUGAUAAGCUUUGCAUUAAAUUGUAGUCAUAAACCUGGUACACCGUGAAACCACACAGUGUAUUAAGUUUGAUUGUUGGUGAAUAACACCACAUCCAACACUAGCUACUACCUGUUGUGGCACACUAUCAACAAAAGAAAGUAUGUAGUUUUAAGUGCUGCACAUUUCAUAAAACAAGAUGUGAGUGGUCCUUGUUCUGAGAAACAUCUCCUGUGUAAAACAUCCUUGGAAGUAUGAUUCUCCAUAUGUUGUUCAUCAUAGGCACUCCUUGUAAGGCUAGCCAUGUGUGUUCCCCACUGAAUUACUGUAGCAGACACAGCAAGGAUGGUGGAUGUGUAGCCUUUUCUUUCACAUUCAAGGAUUCUUGACUGUCACUUACAAAAUGGUCAACGGUCAAGUACACUGACAUAGACAGGCACACUUUAAGGUGACCUAUUCUUGCUGUCCCAGUCAAUGUUGUGAAUAGAUAUUCCUGUGCCAGUCCAACUGAGAAGUCUCUGAGUUAGUACACAUAGGGGAUGAUCCUGUAAGGCACUCUUUUGCAGUAAGUGUCCCAGGCCAGCCCGUACUUGGCCCUGCAUUGCCUCUCAUCUCGAUCCUCACGGUGGACGAGCAGGAUGGUGAAGUAAAUUAUGUAAAAAUAUGGGAGUAUAUGUGAGAACCCUAUAAGACAAAUAAACAGAUAUGAUCAUUA